AUGGACGCCUCACCCCUUACCCAGCAGAGUAGACCCGAGUCCUUCAAACCUAAGAUUGUCCAGCUCUAUGAGAAUCUCUUCAAAGCGGCAGAUGAUGCAGACCCCUCGGAGGGAUUUUGGAGAGAACUCUUCUUGCUACCUCCAGACCGGAACCAACUGCAUGCUAUCCUAGACCAAUUGAGCCCAGACGAUACAAUCGGUCUACAGAUCCAAACUCAACAUUUCUUUGUUCGUGCCGUUCGCGAGGCAGCAGCUGGGGUCGCCCCGGCGGAUUCUAAUGCACUAGAUACAUUGACUGUUUUCUUGACAAGCAUUCUGAGCAAGAAAUACACAAACCCAAGUUCGGAUGUCAUCACUGUUCUUGCAGGACUUGACGAAGUGGAUCAUGUCAUUUCCGACUUCGUGGCUGUCUUGGACAGAAUCAUUCGCAAUGGCAGUAGCUUCGAUGUGCGGCUCAAGGCUAUCAAGACGGCUAUUGCCAUGACCAGCGGAGCAUACAAAACAAGUCUGGUCUCCUAUCUUACACACAGGGAUCUUUUCCCAUCGCUUAUGAAGUAUGUUUCUGAUUCUGAUACCCCGCUGCAAGUGUUCGACCCAUUCGUCCUUCUGGGGCUACUGGCCAACUACAACAAGUUUGAAUUCCAAAACCCCUACCAGCUUCGACUUGAUGAUUUUGUGAACGAGUCAAGUAUUGAAAAAGUUGCCAAGGGUGUCGGUCUGGCCUGUAAUCGCCUGCGAAACGGCUACAUUGCUGUCCAGGAUGACAUUCCAGAGGGCUGGAGCUUGACCAACACAUUGAUUUUCUUUGGACUACGAGCGCUAGCUCCUGGUGCCAGGGACAAAGCGAACCCCCCUUCGGCGGAAGAAGCGAAGGCCAUGUUCGCUGAUCUUCCGGCACAAGAAGCCGCAAUUCUAAUGGCCACAUACGACUUCACAAACGCCAAUAAGCUCUUUGGUUAUCAUUUGGUUCAUCUGGAACCAGAAAGUAGCGAGGAAGAAUCUCCUUUCUCGAGCUUCCUCUCAUUGUCCUCCUACCUUCUCCAACAUGCAUAUCGAUCCCCGCGGGUCGGGCACUAUGCCGAACUAAACCUGUUUACACUUCGCAUUCUGGUCGAAGACCCAACCAUCUGCAAACAAAUUUGCAGCGAAAACGUCAAGCGAAAGGUUCGUAUCUGUCGACAGAAACAGCCCUACCUCCCUGUAGUCAUUGGAGAUCGUGUCCUCGCAACCGUCAUCUUUGAUAUCGCCAUUGAUACUAUCACGCAUAACCUUCGCCGGCGCCUCGACGUCAACAUCUACAGCCACACAAUCGCAAUCACUCUCCGCCUCCUAACCUACCUCUCAAAGAACAAGAUCAGACUCAGCUACCACUGGUCCGAGCUCUGGCGGACUCUGCUCUCUCUCAUGCGCUUCCUAACAACCUACGCCUCCGAUCUAACCAGCAACCCCAAGAUUCAAACCCUUAAGACCUCCCUCGCAGACCUAAUCGCGUUCUGCGUCUCAGGCGGCGACACCUUCCUCCCAGAUCCAGCCUCGUACGACGAUCUCUUCUACAAGCUCGUCGAAACAGGCCCCAUCAUCUCCAAAUUCCGCCAUGCAUACUCAUUUUCCCGUUCCAAUAACGCAGCAGCAGGCGUCACAGCCUCCAAAGCACCCGAUGCAAUCUCCCAAAACGAGCAGAAUUCAGCCGCCAUAGACACCCUCCAAUCCGUGUCUACUCACUUUUAUACCCUCCUCUUCCAUUCGGAGGGUGUGGACGCCGCUGCAGUUACUGUGGCUACUCCUAAAGCUGAUGAGCCUGCACCGGUGGCGUUGCCGUCUAUUAAGAAAAAGAAUCUCUCCCCGCGUGAGGUCCACCGUAUCAUUAAGCAGGGCUAUGAUACGCUGAGUAUCCAGCCGCCUGAGGGUUUGAGUGCUUGGGCUAAGUGGCGUGAGGCGGAGUGGAAGAGUGAGCUGAAGCGCGCGGCGCGCUGUGCUGUUGAUGAUGCAAGGCAACUGGUUGCUUAG